GUUUUUUCAUCUGCUAAGGAAUCUGUUUUGUUGUGGAAAUAUCUGCCAAGAAUCGUGUUAAUUAAGGAAUCCGAAAAUUCAAAAUGAAGCAAACAAAAAUUAACCAGUCGCAUUGGUCAACCUCAGGAACUUUAAUAAUUCAAUGGUAAAGAAAACUAGACAUUUAAUUUUCAAGAGAUCGAGAGGAUCACCACGUACAAGGAAGUCCAUGGAUAUUUAUCAAACCUUGUUAAUAAUUUCAGUGGAGCUCAAUUUCAGAUCCAUCACAUCUUUGUACGCGCGUAGGUUUAAGUUUUGCCCUUUUCCCCAUAUGUUUAUGCACAUUCAUCUUCAUAUGAACAGCGCGGAUCCCCAACAUCAUUAAACACACAAGAAAAUGUCCAACUUCCUGCAAAUAUUGCUAGGCCAAACUGCAACUUUCUUCUUUCUCCAUCCCUUUGUUUUAACCAUCUUGGCCUUCAUCUUAAUAUUCCUAUUCAAAUGGUCCUCUACCUUUUCGACCACCAAAACAAACACACCACCUUCGCCACCAAAGCUCCCUAUCGUCGGGAACUUCCACCAACUCGGCUCGCAUCCUCACCGUUCACUCGGGUCCUUAGCUCAACGCCAUGGCCCCCUCAUGCUGCUUCACUUUGGCAGCAUACCAACACUUGUUGCAUCGUCUGCUGAUGCUGCCCGUGAGAUCAUGAAGACCCAUGACCUCAUCUUUGCCAACCGGCCCAAAUCAAGCAUGUCUGAGAAACUGUUAUACAAUUACAAAGAUGUGGCAACGGCACCCUAUGGCGAGUACUGGAGGCAGAUGAAAAGCAUAUCAGUGCUACAUGUUUUGAGUAACAAAAGGGUUCAGUCUUUUCGCGCCGUGAGAGAGGAGGAAACUUUUCUAUUGAUUGAGAAUAUCAAACAGUCUUGUUCUUCAGCACAUGUGAAUUUAAGCCAAGUGCUUGCAAACCUUACUAAUGAUGUAACAUGUAGGGUGGCUUUGGGAAGGAAGCAUAGUGCAGGGGAUGGUGGAAGGAAGUUUAAGGAGCUUUUGUGCGAGUUCGCGGAGUUGUUGGGUGCUCCAAGUGUGGGGGAUUAUAUUCCAUGGCUUGCUUGGGUGAGCCGUAUCAAUGGCUUGGAUGCUAGGGCGGAGAAAGUGGCUAACCAGUUUGAUGAUUUUCUAGAAGGAGUAAUUGAAGAGCACAUAGAUUGUCAAAGGAGAGGGCUAGAAAAUGAACACCAAAAGGAUUUUGUGGACGUUUUGCUUCAAAUCCAAAAGGAAAACGAGAUUGGUUUUCCUAUUGACAGAGUUAGCGUCAAGGCUCUAAUCCUGGAUGUAUUUGCUGCUGGUACCGACACUACCUACACAGUCUUAGAGUGGGCAAUGACAGAGCUUCUUAGGCACCCUAAGGCUAUGAAAAAGGUGCAGAAUGAGGUGAGAGUGAUCAGUGGCAACAAAAAGGAAAUAACAGAGGAUGAUUUGGAUAAUAUGCAUUAUUUGAAGGCAGUGAUCAAAGAGACACUUCGCUUCCAUCCGCCUAUUCCACUGCUAGUUCCCCGAGAAUCGACUCAAAACAUCGAAAUACAGGGAUAUCACAUUGCAACUGAAACACGAGUUAUUAUCAAUGCAUGGGCAAUUGGAAGAGACCCUGCAUCUUGGGAUGAACCAGAGGAGUUUAUGCCAGAAAGGUUCUUGACAUCCUCUAUGGAUUUUAGAGGACAUGACUUCCAAUUUAUUCCAUUUGGUGCUGGAAGGAGGGGUUGCCCCGGAAUUUCCUUUGCUGUGACCACUGUCGAGCUUGUUUUGGCAAAUCUGCUGCACAACUUUGAUUGGACAUUGCCUGGUGGAGCAAGAGGAGAGGAUUUGGACAUGACUGAAUCUACUGGUCUAACCAUUCAUAAAAAAUUCCCCCUUAUAGCAGUUGCAACUCCUUAUUAUAGGAUUUGAUUACAGUAUUAAUUGCAAUUGAUUGUAAUAAAAUAAAAUUAUAUUUGAAUAGAUAGAUCUAAAUUUGAUUUGAUUUGAUCUUUCAUACCGUUUUGUAGUCUCUCCACCUCUUGAUAAAUAUAUAUGGACCUCUAUAUUGUAAUAUCAUUAAUUGAAUAAGAAUACAAUGUAACAUUUCGGGCUUUA